AAUCAUGUUGCUAAAGACUAUCUACAAUAGACAAUAUAAUAAGUGUUAAGAAAAGAGCCCGAAAUAAACGACAAUUGACCAAAACAAAGUGAAGUUAAUCGGUUAGCUACAAGCAACCGUCAGUGUAAAGUGCUCGCAGAAAAACGUCUUAAGUGCGCGGUAACUGUUGGCGCUUACGGUCUUCUGUGUCGACCUUCGUUGCGGGCUGAUAACAAACACUGGGAUUAAGCGAACAUUGUGUGCGUGCUGAAAUAAACGCUAUAUUCGCGUAGCUUACGGUUCACUUUCGUCCAACUACCUUAGCGCAAAUCAUUCGCUGUUUUGUCGACCGUGUGAAGUUUUGUGAUUAAUCAUAAUAAUCAUGUCACCGACUGGCCAGACUUUAGGGUGUUGCACCAACGAAAACCUUGAGGAUGACCAUCACGAUUGUAGCAGUUGUGGACUAACGUAUCACUUGGAAUGCCUAGCAGCCACAGGUUUGAAAAACACUUCGAACCUCCCGUAUAACUGGAAGUGUCCCGCUUGCACGACCAAUAAGAACAACAAGCAGGCCAAACAAGACUCCACUCCCAUUCGAACAUCCUCCGCGACCAGAGUAAACAAGCGGCCAGCCCUUGCCUCGCCUGAGUCCGAGGCGGCCGCAGGUUCGCAAGAGAUACGCACAAUAGUAGAACAAGUUAUACAAUCGCAAUUUAACUCAAUGAUUAACCAAUUAAAGCAGAGCAUGAUGGACGUAGUAAGUGAUCAACUGAAACCACUUAAACAAUCGGUGCAAGAAAUCAAAAAUUCAAUGGAAUUUAUGAACUCCAGAUUUGAGGACAUUGAAACUGAACAAGUCGCAGCUAAGAAGGCAAUGGGUGAUCUGCAGGUAGACAACACAAAAAUGAAAACAGAAAUUGUUGAACUUAACCAGCGUAUCAACAACUUUGAACAGCAGGUGCGGGCCUCCAACUUGGAACUGCAGUGUGUGCCGGAAAACAAACAGGAAAACCUUAUUUCUAUUGUAUGCAGCAUGGCAUCUACGGUUGGAUCUACGUUGAGCGAGACUAAUAUAUUGAACUGUACACGCAUAGCUAAACUGCACGCCGACAGUACACGACCUAGGUCUAUUGUGGUGCAACUGGCUUCUCCAAGAGUGCGUAAUGAGCUUUUAGCUGCCACCGUAACAUACAACAAAGCAAACCCUUAUGAUAAGUUAAACAGUGAGCAUCUUGGGCUACCCGGCGCGAAGACUCCUGUCUACCUCGUUGAGCAUUUGUCCCCCGCUAACAAGACCCUCCACGCCGCGACAAGGAAAAAGGCCAAGGAACACGGUUACAAGUAUGUGUGGGUGCGCGAUGGCAGGGUCUACGCUAGGAAAACAGACCAGUCGGAAUACAUAUAUAUACGAAAUAUGGACAGCUUAAAUAAAAUUGUAUAGUCUUAAGUUAAGUUUAAGUAGGUAUAUGUUUGCAAGUAAUCCUUGAAAUAUACGUAAAUAAAUUCAAUUUUACACAAAAUAUAACUGAUAUAAACUUCACUGCUUCUGAAAUUGAUUCUUUUGAUGUUUCUAGAACUUACAUA